AUGGCCAUUAUCCAGGUUCCAGACGAGUACGGCUACGUCCUCGGCGCCGCCGUCUCCACCUUCUUCGUCGGCGUCUGGCUCGGCGCGCGCGUCGGCUCCUUCCGCAGAGCAGCCAAGAUCCCGUACCCCUUCGAAUACGCGUCAUACGAACAAGUCCAAACCGCGUCGCCCGCCUCCAAAUCCGCCAUGCUCGCCUUCAACGCUGCGCAGCGCGCACACCAGAACUUUGGCGAGAACCACACUACUGCGCUCGCUGCUAUGCUGGUUUCUGGGCUGAGGUUCCCCAUGGCGACGGCGGCCCUGGGCGUCGCGUGGAGUGUCAAUCGUGUGUUUUAUUCGGUCGGGUAUACGAGGAGUGCGGAGAGUGGGGGGAAGGGAAGGUAUUAUGGUGCGGCAGGCAUUAUAGCACAUUAUGUGCUGGUGCUUAUGAGCACAAAGGCGGCGUAUGAUUUAAUCAUGGCGUAG